AUGACUACCCCUACCGUUAAGCUGAGCAGCGGCUAUGACAUGCCCCUCGUGGGCUUUGGUCUGUGGAAGGUGAACAACGACACCUGCGCUGACCAGGUCUACAACGCCAUCAAGGCUGGAUACCGUCUUUUCGACGGUGCCUGUGACUACGGUAACGAGGUUGAGUGCGGUCAAGGUGUUGCCCGCGCCAUCGGGGAGGGCAUCGUCAAACGCGAGGAACUCUUCAUCGUCUCCAAGCUCUGGAACAGCUUCCACGAUGGCGACCAGGUCGAGCCUAUCUGCCGCAAGCAGCUCGCCGACUGGGGCGUUGACUAUUUCGACCUGUACAUCGUUCACUUCCCCAUUUCCCUGAAAUACCUCGACCCCUCCGUCCGUUACCCUCCCAGCUGGCAAAACGCCGAAGGCAAGGUCGAGCUUGGCAAGGCCUCUAUCCAGGAGACCUGGACCGCCAUGGAGUCCGUUGUUGACAAGAAGCUUGCGCGUAGCAUUGGUGUUAGUAACUUCAGCGCUCAACUGCUUAUGGAUUUGCUGCGCUAUGCUCGUAUCCGUCCCUCCACCCUGCAGAUUGAGCACCACCCCUACCUUACCCAGACUCGUCUGGUCGACUAUGCCCAGCAGGAAGGUAUUGCUCUUACUGCUUACUCUUCAUUCGGUCCUCUGAGCUUCUUGGAGCUGGACCUGAAGGAUGCUCAUGGCACUGCCCCUCUCUUCGAGCACGCCGUUAUUAAGGGUAUUGCGGAUAAGUAUGCUCGUACCCCCGCUCAGAUCCUUCUGCGCUGGGCUACACAGCGCAACAUUGCUGUUAUUCCUAAGAGUAACAGCCCUACUCGUCUGGCACAGAACUUGCAGGUCAAUGACUUUGACUUGGAGAAUGGUGAGAUUGAGGCUAUCGCUGCGCUGGACAAGGGUCUGCGCUUUAAUGACCCCAUUGCUUACGGUCUUGGUAUCCCCAUCUUUUAA